AUGGAGGAGGUUGAAUCCACUCCUAUUGAGGACUUUCGUUUUCCGUGGGAACAUUUGGCCGACUUUUACGCUGUUUUUCAACAGCGAAAUUCAACAGACGAAACUACACUCGAUUACGAUUGCUGUUUGUCUAGAGUUCAUCUAAAUGACAAGGAUCUCGUCAAGCUCAGUGAACGUAGACAAAUUGAAGCUAACGGCAUAACCGAUUCCGUUGGAGCAAUGAGCCUCUCCGACAAUGAAGAGAACGAUGCUUCCCUCACUCUCCAAAGUUCUGCAACAGAAGAGGGAACAGCCGCGAGCGAAAGCGACGCGAAUCGUCCUGAGCUUAAAGCGGACGCAUGGGCGGAGCUACCUAAACGAUUUGGAACUACAAAAAGGCAAGAACAUAGCAAAUUCUACAGAAAAAGAAAGAGAACGUUCGAUGACGCUCAAAGAUGGUUGAACAACACAACCUUUGAGGAGUAUUGG